AUCGCCUGCGCGUGGCCGCGUUAGCUGCACAAGCGCAGUGGAGCUCGGGCGGAGUUGUGGGAGUGGAGGAGGAAGAGGCGGUGGGGGGGACGGGGGCUGGUCCCAGAAGAUGGCGGAGGCGGGGGAUUUCUGGUAGGUCCUACUUUAGGACAAGAUGUGGUAUUGUUGAAACGUCAGUCUUUGAUUCACAGACAGUUGAGCUUUUCAGCUGGGAAGCCUUUCUUUUUUUCCCUUUUUUUUUUUUUAAACGGCUUACUGAACCUAUGAAACCAUGGCGGAAGGAGAGACAGAGUCACCUGGGCCCAAAAAGUGUGGCCCAUAUAUCUCAUCUGUCACUAGCCAGAGUGUGAACUUGAUGAUUCGAGGAGUAGUGCUAUUUUUUAUUGGAGUAUUUCUUGCAUUAGUGUUAAAUUUACUUCAGAUUCAGAGAAAUGUGACACUCUUUCCACCUGAUGUGAUUGCAAGCAUCUUUUCUUCUGCAUGGUGGGUACCACCCUGCUGUGGCACAGCUUCAGCUGUGAUUGGGUUAUUAUACCCCUGCAUUGACAGACAUCUAGGAGAACCACAUAAAUUUAAAAGAGAGUGGUCCAGUGUAAUGCGGUGUGUAGCAGUCUUCGUUGGUAUAAAUCAUGCCAGCGCUAAAGUGGAUUUUGAUAACAACAUACAGUUGUCUCUUACACUGGCUGCACUAUCCAUUGGACUGUGGUGGACUUUUGAUAGAUCUAGAAGUGGUUUUGGCCUUGGAGUAGGAAUCGCUUUCUUGGCAACCGUGGUCACUCAAUUGCUAGUAUAUAAUGGUGUUUAUCAAUAUACAUCUCCAGAUUUCCUCUAUGUUCGUUCUUGGUUACCAUGUAUAUUUUUUGCUGGAGGCAUAACAAUGGGAAAUAUUGGUCGGCAACUGGCAAUGUAUGAAUGUAAAGUUAUUGCAGAAAAAUCUCAUCAGGAAUGAAGAAGGCAAAAAAAUAUCUUUUGCACAGAAAAACAGGAUGACAAGGAUGUGAAAUGGUAGAUAUACCAACAAAACUUCAGACUGUAAAAUUGCCAGGAUGCAGUUUUUCCCUUGAUUGAUGUGUGUGUAUAUAUGGGUAAAUAUACACGUAUACACACACAUAUUACUGCAAUCUGUGAUUGCUUCAUCUGUAAAUCAGUUACAAACCUUUAUGUAUUUGACUUAAAUAACUGUAAGAUAUAUAUGUACUACGUUAAAAAGUGUUGAUUAAUAGAUGAAAUUUUUAAAUUAAUUUUUUAAACAUGCCAUACAUUGUAUCACAAUGUUAAUGUGCCAAAAUACUGUUCCUGUCAUGCAGAGUAUAAGAAUGCUUUGAAAAUUUGUAAACUUAGUGAAAUAAAAUGAGGAAAGCCAAAAACAAACAAAAAGCAUAUGGGAAGCUGGUAUUUUCUCUUUAGCUUACUGUUGUGCCUUUUUAUUAUUCUAAUCACAGCAGUAUGAGGUAUGUGUGCCCUAAUAUGUGGUUAGCUUCUAUUCUAAUGUUUCAUAGAGUUUGGAGAGCUUUGAUACAGGGUGAAAAUGAACUGGUUUCAAACCUGCAUUGCUGGAGACAGCCCAAAGAAUAAUUUCCUGUUUUGAUAGAUUUUACUGGAAGUAUAUGUGAUGAGCAGAUUAUCAGCAUUAAAUUGUUUUUGUUCUAUAUUUGGAACACUAUAUAAUUAAAAAGUAAGGACCAUUAGAGUAUUUAAUUAGAAUAAAUAUAUGUUUUGGAAAUACAGUGACCUUUUGCAGUGCCACAAAAGUGCAAAGUGAUAUUAGCUGUCAUUUGCAAUACAGAAUCUCAUUGCUUUUGCACAUGAAGCAUAUAGGAAACUCCAAACAGAUCAAAAUGAAGUUUCUAAUUCUGUUGGGUUCUGUCAUCUAUUGGGUUCUAUGAAGCAAACCACUUUAGCUUUAGCUGGGUUCAGUCAUAUGACUAAUUGUUAGUGGAAUGCCUAGUUUUUUAUCUUAAAUGCAGACUGGGAAGUGGAUGAGGUACAUAAUUUCUUAUUCAUAUGUCCAUUAGUGAACAGUUCAAGUCUGUUUAAGAAUGUAUUGAGGUGGCAUCCUCUGCAUGUUAAAGAUCUUUAUGGCACCUAGCAACACUUAAAUAUGGUUUAAACAUAUUCUUAGCUAAUUUUUUCCAUCAGUUUUUGAAAUUGAUGGCAGUUGUCUGUUCCACAAGGGCAAGAUCUUCUGAGUACUCUGGGAUGUGUGUAUGUGUGCACGCUUCUGUGUGUUGGAGUGAGUGAGUGAGAGAAUGUGUCUGUGCAUGUGCCCAUGCUUUCCUAGAAUGUUGAGUAGAUAUUUUUAAAUUUUUAGUUUUAAAACAAUUACUGUCAGACUGAGAUCUUGUAUGCCAACCUUUAAUCUGCUUUUAUGUUUUCAGGCUGAAGGUGUGAAAAUCCUAAGAGGAUUUUAUAUUGAAUAUGUGCACACAAUCUUAACUAUUGUGGAGGAAAACAUACUACUAUAAUUUAUUAUUAUAUCUUCCAGAUAAUGUUAUUCAUUUAGAACAAAUAAGGUAUAUUUUUAGAAUCAACUUUGUAAGUACUAUAAAAUCUUUAAUAAGUUAUAAGGUCUAUGAUGUAUUUACUUAAAAAAUUGCUGUUAAAAGCAACAUGUAUUAAAUAUGUAAUUAUCAUCUGGGUUAAGAGUCUGUUUUUCUUCCUUGUGGUAAGUCUUAGAAUAUGGUACUAUGGAUUAAUCUAAUAAAAUUAACAUGUAUGGUUGAAGUUACCAAGAAACGAUGAAAAGAAACGAAAUACAGUUGACCUUUGAACAACCGGAGUUAGGGGCACCACUUCCCCACAUAGUUGAAAAUCCAUGUAUAAUUUUUGACUCCUCCAAAACUUAACUACAAAUGGCCUACUCUUGAUUGGAAGCCUUACCAAUAAUAAAUAGUUGCUAAGCACAUAUUGUGUAUGGUUAUAUGUAUUAUAUACUGUAUUCUUACAAUAAUGUAAGCUAAGGAAAAGAAAAUGUUAUUAAGAAAAUCAUAAGGAAAAGAAAAUGCAUUUACUAUUCAUUAAGUGGAAGUAGACCAUCCUCACUCAUGCUGUCUUCACACUGAGUAGUAGGGUGAGGAGGAAGAGGAGGAGGGGUUGGUCUUGCUAUCAUGGGUGGAAGAAAAUUUGCAUAUUAGUGAACCCACACAGUUGAAAACCGUGUUGUUCAACGGUCAACUGUAUAUAGUAUUGAUGAGAUUGAAUGAUUGUCAUUGGAAUUCUUUAAUUAUUUUUAGGUCAUCUAGAAAAUAAGAUAAUUAUAGCAAAAAAUAAAAUUGUUUUGAUAUUUUGAUAAAUAUAUAAAUGUAUAAAACCUAUUUUUUUCAAUGAAAGAAAGUGGGAAACUUUUUAACAUUGCUAUAUUGGCAGUGCUUUCUUUUAUUAUUUAAAGUUAUUGAAAUUUGCACAGUUGAAAACUGGGAAUAAAUUCUACAAACAUGUAAGAAAACAAUUCAAAUUAGCCAGAGCCCUGCUAAUACUUUUAAUGUAAAAUUUAUUUAUUUGCACUGAGCUGUUUUACCUUUAUUAAGGACAUUGGGACCUCUCAAUGAUGCGUAUAUUUCAUACAUCUUGUAUUUUCCAGGCAGAAGCCAGACUUGGUUAAUAGCAAUAAAUACUUCUGUACUCCUA